AAGGUUAAUAUUCUUCUUGUAGUUAACAUUUGUUUGUACAUAGCUAUCUUGAAUGUGUAAAGGCUCCUUUUAGAACACAGAAAUCUCGCAGGAAUUAGCCUACAGAAGUCAGGCAGUGUGCAUUGUGCAGCGCGCUAAACACCGGUGCCAACGGCCAAGGUUGCUCACGACCUCGCCAUCAUGUCCUCAAACAGCACGGCCUCGCCGGGAGCCGUCACCCCGUGCUGCAGCGCCACGAUGCUGCUCGCGGUAGUCGCCAUGUACGUCACCUUCAGCUUUCUCGUCGUCGUUGCCUUCCUCUUCCUGUGCUUCCUCCUGCAGCGCCGGCGCUGGCGCCAAAGUGCAAGGCUCCUGCAGGAGGAGCAGCCGCGGCCCAAUCUCGGACUCGACGCCGCCGCCAUCGCUCUGCUCCCGUCCUUCCCGUACUGGCGACCCAUCGCCGACGCCGAGUGCUCGACCUUAGCACUGGUCGAGUGCGUGGUUUGCCUCAACGUCCUCGACGAAGGGCAGAUGGCGAGGCAGCUCCCGGGGUGCAAGCACGUGUUCCACCAGGAGUGCAUCGACGUGUGGCUUGCGUCGCGCGCGUCGUGCCCGGUGUGCCGCGCGACGAUCGAUCCGGCGCGGGGCGAGGGGAGGGCCGCAGCGUCGACGUCGGCGUAUGUCGUGCCGGUUGAGACGUCGGAAGAUGAGAUAAUGACUUCAUCGUCGACGAGAGGGGAGACCGACAGAGCCCUGUGGACGCGGCCGGAGGCCAGAAGCGGCUUGGUGUGA